AUGGCUGCCAUUAAAGAGUCAAAUUUAGGCGAUAAACAUCUUCCAUGUCUGAUACAUACUUUACAACUUUGUAUUCAGAAAAAGAUUUUUAGAGAACAAACAACAGCAAGUGAUACAAUAGCUGUUUUUCGAGCAUUAGCAGGACAUUUCCACCACUCAUCUAGUGCUGUGGCUAAACUAAAGGAAAUUCAAAGUCAACUAAAAUUGCCAGAGCAUAACAUAAUUCAAGAUGUUUCCACAAGAUGGAAUUCGACAUACUAUAUGCUUGAAAGGUUCAUUGAGCAGAAAAAAGCUAUUACAUUGUAUUGCAUUACCAGAAAUCAAGCAAAUGCAAAAAAUCCUACGGAAAAUCGAUGGCAACUUGCUGAAAUGCUUGUAUGCAUAUUAAAACACUUCGAAAGUACUACAAAAGUCAUGAGUAAAGAAACGGCAAGUAUAUCAGAGAUUAUACCAUUUAUCUAUGCAAUGGAAAAGUUUCUAGACUACGCUUGUGACACGGCAACUGAAAUAAAAACUGUUGUUGAUGAACUUAAGAAAGAUUUUAACUGUCGUUUUCAAAAAUACAAGGAUAAUGUUGAUUUAAAAAUCGCGAUGAUGCUUGAUCCUCGUUUCAAGUUAAAGUUUGUUGAAGACAAGAAUCAUAAUAUGUUUAAAGAAAUACUCCAUUUAGAGUUCUACCGCUUUUGUUCCAAAUCUCAUUUAGAACAAGUAAAAGAAAUUGAAUUUGGUGUAGCAAGAGGUAGUGGAUCAGACUCAGAAAAAUCAUUAAGUUCAUUUUCAGAAUCUAAAAUUCAUCAAAAUCUGAGUCCAACUCAGAUUUUGAUGGCCAUGGCUCUCCAUUAAAAAAAAAAAAACUAAUGAGCAUGGACAUAUAUAGCUUAUUCCACCAAAUCGGUGCAAAUGAGUAUGCUCUACAAAAUUCAGAAAAUUCUGACGGACGGAGAAAAAAGAAAAAAAACACUAGUUCAAUGGGAAAAACUCUAACUGUCAAAGAAAAAUGCACCGAUGAAGUCAACUUCUACUUGAGCCUUCCAAUACUGCCAAAGAAUGAAUGCCCUUAUAAGUGGUGGAGUGCAUACCGUUACACUUCCUCUGAUAAAGAUACUUACAAGUUGAAUUUGUCAAAGUUUUCAAAGAAAGUUUUGUGCGCGCUUCCUUCAUCUGUAAAAAGUGAACGCUUAUUUAGCACAUCUGGAAACAUAUUUGAAGCAAAAAGAAACAGACUAUUACCCGAACAUGGAGAACAGAUUGCAUUUUUAAAUUGUAAUAUGCCUGCUUUCA